AUGGAAUCAAUAAGCUCCAGUCAAUGGCUCAAAAUGCUCAAUUUGGGCAUUAUCCCCUAUGCUAAUCUCAAUCACUACGAUCUUCCUCUAGCACUUCAGCAGAGGUACAAUGGAUGGUUAGACCAUGAAGUAGUGAAAGAUUUUGCUGAUUAUGCUGAAUUUUGUUUCAAGACAUUUGGAGACAGAGUGAAGAAUUGGAUGACUUUUAAUGAACCUAGGGUGGUAGCUGCUCUUGGUUAUGAUAAUGGUUUCUUUGCCCCCGGAAGGUGCUCUAAAGCGUAUGGAAACUGCACAGCUGGAAAUUCUGCGACAGAGCCUUACAUUGUGGCACAUAAUCUGAUUCUAUGUCAUGCAGCUGCAGUUCAACGAUACAAAGGAAAGUACCAAGAAAAGCAGAAAGGAAGAAUUGGCAUUCUUUUGGAUUUUGUUUGGUAUGAACCUCUUACAAGAUCAAAGGCUGACAAUUAUGCAGCUCAAAGAGCACGAGACUUUCAUGUUGGAUGGUUUCUGCAUCCCCUUGUUUAUGGUGAGUACCCAAGAACAAUGCAAGACAUUGUAGGAGAUCGGCUACCAAAGUUCACAACAGAAGAGGUCAAGAUGGUAAAGGGCUCCUUUGAUUAUGUGGGUAUAAACCAGUAUACUGCUUACUACAUGUAUGAUCCACAUCAAGCCAAGCCAAAAGCUCUGGGCUACCAGCAGGAUUGGAAUUGUGGAUUUGCCUAUGAACGUAAAGGCAAGCCGAUUGGCCCAAGGGCAUAUUCUUACUGGCUUUACAAUGUACCAUGGGGUCUGUACAAAGCAGUGACCUACAUAAAAGAACAUUAUGGAAACCCUACCGUGAUUUUGGCUGAAAAUGGAAUGGAUGAUCCAGGUAACAUCACCCUUCCUAAAGGUUUGCAUGACACCACAAGGAUCAACUACUACACGGGCUACCUGGUUGAACUCAAGAAGACAAUCGAUGAGGGUGCCAAUGUGAUCGGCUACUUUGCGUGGUCAUUGCUUGACAACUUCGAAUGGAGAUUAGGCUACACUUCGAGAUUUGGCAUUGUUUAUGUCGAUUUUAAAACCCUUAAGAGGUACCCAAAGAUGUCUGCCUAUUGGUUCAAGAAAUUACUUCUUCGAAGCAAGGAUUGA